AUGGCUUCAAGACCCGUUGUCCAACAGCAAAACAGAGCCGAGGCAGGUCCAGGGGAUGUUAAGCAGAAAAACACGGCCCCCAAAGGGCGCCGUGCACUAGGUGAUAUUGGGAAUCUGGUUACAAUUCGUGGAGUCGAUGGCAAACCAUUGCCUCAAGUCUCCCGCCCUGUUACAAGAAGUUUCUGCGCACAACUACUCGCUAAUGCACAAGCUGCAGCAGCCGAAAACAAGAAAUCAGUGGCUCUGAAUGUGGGAGGAGCCAAAGGGAUUAAAGGAGCCGAAGCACGGAAGCCAGCUCAGAAGAAAGUUACUGUCAAACCGAAACCUGAAAAUGUGAAUGUGAUUAGUUCUGAUACUGAAAAAGAGAACAAGAAUGAGAACACUCAGAACAAGAAAAGGUCUGGUGAAGGGUCCUCUAGAAAGAAAGCUCCAACUCUUACUUCAGUUCUUACAGCUCGAAGCAAGGCUGCUUGUGGACAGGUUGAUAAAGCCAAGGUGCAGAUGAAUAAUAAGAAGCUAUCUCCUGUCCCUCGGGACAUGUGGCAUGGUGGGAGUGGUUCAGGAUCCAAAAGGGCACCGAGCUCCUUAUUCCCAAGUUUCUGCGCACAACUACUCGCUAAUGCACAAGCUGCAGCAGCCGAAAACAAGAAAUCAGUGGCUCUGAAUGUGGGAGGAGCCAAAGGGAUUAAAGGAGCCGAAGCACGGAAGCCAGCUCAGAAGAAAGUUACUGUCAAACCGAAACCUGAAAAUGUGAAUGUGAUUAGUUCUGAUACUGAAAAAGAGAACAAGAAUGAGAACACUCAGAACAAGAAAAGGUCUGGUGAAGGGUCCUCUAGAAAGAAAGCUCCAACUCUUACUUCAGUUCUUACAGCUCGAAGCAAGGCUGCUUGUGGACAGGUUGAUAAAGCCAAGGUGCAGAUGAAUAAUAAGAAGCUAUCUCCUGUCCCUCGGGACAUGUGGCAUGGUGGGAGUGGUUCAGGAUCCAAAAGGGCACCGAGCUCCUUAUUCCCGUGCUGA